GAGAGGCGUAGAGUAUAAAUGAGCUGGUCGGAGUAGGACAGGUUAAUGUAUAUGUAGUCAUCAGGGUUGGCGCGCCCGGGUUCUUUCUAGCCGCCGGUUAGGGUUACCUCGUCGACCAGGGGUUCGUUACGAGGCUUGUAGUCCGUACAUAGUGCUGAAAGAGUAUAGAGUUCAUGUAUAGAGGUCACAUGGAAUUUAUGAUGGAGUACCUAUGAGUUCAUGAUAGACGACCUGUCUGGCCUAGUAGAUAGUGACCUUGCUUAUGAAGCCGAUGAUCCAGGGUUCAAAUCCUAGUAAGGGCAUUCAUUUGUGUGAUAAGCAUUGUUCCUGCGUAAUUGGUUUUGUAGCUGUUGCGGUAGAACAUGGAUGCCAAGAGUCACAAAUUUGACAGAGGUUAUCGUAAAAAAUAGAAUUCGUCCAGCUUGGGCCCUUCGACUCAGUCCAAAGGCGUUGGUUUAAGAGGAAUUUCCUCCCGCGGACGCUCUGGCUGUGGAAUGAGCUACCUGCUGAGGUUUUCCCGAGGGUCUACAGUAUGAGGUUCUUCAAAAAAGGAGCUUGUUUGCCACCGUCGUGGUAUAAAAAAAAUCACGAUAAAAGUUCAGGGGACCAUUCUUUAAACCAUUUAGUGCUAAUCACGACAUAGUGUCGUUACUCAUAUUCGAUGUUUAGUCUAAAAAUUAGCAAUAUUGUGGCUUUAAUUUUCGUGAUACGAGACACACAGUCUGUGCCAUGCUGUUAAAUUCCUAUACUAAAGACGCUGCCGAGAGAAAGUAGACUUUAUUUUAAAUGUAAAUGAUUCUAGUAACUUCUCGUAUAAAAGAUUUCAUCAUCCACUCACCGAAAAGUUCAAUGAUAUAUUAUUAACGGCUUAUGGAAAUCACCCAUAACCCACCCCUAGUUCGCUAUUAUAGAUUCAAGGGCAAAAAGGUCACUGCCCUUUAUUUUACCAAGAGACACACUUGAUUAACUCCCAAUUGCUUUGACGUCUCUAAAACCCAGUCAAAAUAAACCUAUUUAUAGUUUGUACAAACAAUUCUUAGAAAUUCUCACCGAGCAAACCAUGUGUGACAUCUCACACGUCAUUAAUAUGAAUAUUUAUAAGUUAUCCCUAUAUAACCCCCGACGGAGACUCCAGUGGCGGUAGACUAUAACUGUUUAGUUCAUAAUGCAGGCUGUUUUGCUGCUAGUGAUUGUAAGCGUGGUGGGUCAGUCCAUGCAGGAGGGUCAGAAGUUAUGCGGUCGAAACCUGGCGAUCUCACUCGCUGCGUUGUGCAGGGCUCAAAGGGAAAAGCAGCUAGGCCAAUACAUAACGUCACCCAAAAGGUCUCGCUACUCUAUCCUACCGUACUACGCGCCUUAUUGGCUAGAGCCGGAAAGCGCGCUUCGGCUCGGCCGCGGCAAGAGAGACGGCAUUGUCGAGGAAUGUUGCAACAAAGCUUGUUCCGUGGACGAGCUACUUGCCUAUUGCCCUCCACAGUGAUUUCUUUUUGAAAAGAAUUUGAUUUUAAAUUUAGGUUAUGAUUUUUGCUGAUUGUAAAUUUACUGCCAUAUGAGGUAUCCUGGCUGGCCGAGACAGCGCUGCGGGACGGGGCCAGUGAUAUGACAUCGUGGAGGUAUGUUGCAACAGAUCUUGUGCCAUUGUGGACCUACGUGCGUACUGUCCGCAGUAUUGUUUUUGUACCGUAAGAUUGUGAUUAAUUUAGGCUCACACAGUGCAAAACCAGCGACGGAAUAGUUCGUUAUGCGAAACGCAUUCGAGUUUCGUUACAUUUCGUUUUCGUUUUAUUCGUUUGGAUCAGCUGAUUUUUUUGUAUCUCUGAUCGAGUUCUGGCAUCGUCUAUCUGACCCAUAAAUUUAGGUUAUGAUUUUUUUCUGAUUGUGAAGUAGGUAUGCAUUUCAAUUUUUAUUAAUGUAUAGUUAAUUAUACUGAAUAUCUCAAUUCCUCUUAAAUUAUUUCAUUGUAUAACCAGAGUUUUCUAUAUAAAUUGUUGGACACAAUUGUCUAAAACCAUAAAAUAAUAUAGGUUUUUACAAUUGUGUUCUCUUCUCACAGCUCGGUAAAAUCAAAUACCUAUACCUACUGCUCUU